CAAGCACAGUGAUGAGGGUGAUCGUUGCUGUUUCUCUAAUCAUUCAGAUUGUCAGUGGGGCACGUAUCCAGGGUUCAAUUGCGCUUCCUGGUCCUGAUAUUUGUGGAGGUGAUGUCGUAGGGCACCGGAUCGUAUCAGGCAAUAAUCAGGUGAUUGGCAGUGAGUUUCCCUGGUUGGUAGUGGUGCAGUACCGUCCUCCAAAUGGAGGUGAUCUGCUAACUCCGUGUGUUGGAUCCCUGAUCAAUCAACGAUACGUUUUAACAGCAGCCCACUGUGUGACAGCGUACGAUAUGGGAAGACCUGUAUCUGUGAGAUUGGGCGAUAAUAGCACUCGUGUUGGAGCGGAAUUUGUAAUAUUGGACAUCGAAGAGAUCUAUGUUCACGAAGAUUUUACCAGAUCUAAUUUCUUGAAAGAUAUUGCCUUAAUCCGUUUGAAGAGUGAGGUUUCCUAUUCGAAGAAUAUUAAACCUAUUUGUCUGCCCUCGACUGUGGGCCAACUAAGACUGCGUGAAGGUCAUCCGUUGACCGUGGCAGGAUGGGGACUCUUAAACGACGUCCCCAGUACCAACAGGCAGUAUGAGCGGGUCACGUAUUUGGAUAACGAUCAGUGUCGUGCGAGAUACUCACAGGUGGACAUCGUCGUGGAUCCAAGUCACAUUUGCGCCGAUCAUUCCAGGGAUACCCGCUGUAUUUCGGAUGGCGGAGGACCUCUGAUGGCAUACCAUAAUGGUGUUUGUGUUCUGCAUGGAAUUAUGGCCUUUGGUGGACGUCCAUGUGGUGUGAAGAAUUUGCCUGAUGUCUUCACGAACGUUGGUGAAUAUGACCAAUGGAUAAAGAAACAUAUGUGGCCGUAGUG